GCCCUUCUUCUGUCAUAACUUUAGAAAGAAACACAGCAGAGCAACCAGAAUUUGUAGUAGAUUGGUUUCAAGAAACAAUAAAAGAUUUUGAUAGAUAUCAUGUUACUUUUGGAUAUAUUAAAAUACAAUUCAAUUUAGAAAAAAGCUUCUUUACUAGUCCAAAUACAAAUUCAUAUUAUGAAACGUGA